UCCUCUCUCUCUCCCGACGCGUGCGUCUCUCGUUACAGGGGAAGCGUGGAACAUUCUCCUCCUCCUCCUCCUCCCUCGUCGUGGUCGUCUCGCCACACGACGAGCGGACGAGGUGCGCGAGGAGAGGCGGUGCCAGAGGAGAGGAGGUGCGAGGCGCGGGGAGAAACGACGAAGACGACGAACAAGGUGGACCAUAAGCCCCCUGCCGGGGUGGACGAGGCAGCGGAAGGAGAGAGGACGAGGUAACAGCUGUAGCGAUGAGCGUGCGGAGGGACGGCGCGGGGCCGGAGUCGGCGGCGUCGCUGCUGCUGCUGCGCGAGUCCCAGGCGCGCGACGACCUGGAGCGCCAGCUGCUGUGCCCCAUCUGCCUGGAGAUGUUCUCCAAGCCCGUGGUCAUCCUGCCCUGCCAGCACAACCUGUGCCGCAAGUGCGCCAACGACGUGUUCCAGUCUCGUGGGGGGGGGCCCUCAAUCGGCGGGGGGGGGCGCUUCCGCUGCCCGUCGUGCCGCCACGAGGUGUUGCUGGACCGCCACGGCGUCUACGGCCUCCAGCGCAACCUCCUCGUCGAGAACAUCAUCGACAUCUACAAGCAGCAGCAGCAGCAACAGCAGCAGUCCUCGCGGGGAUCAGCAGCAGCGGGCCCCGGCGGCCGCAAGGACGCGGAGCCGCACUGCGCAGAGCACGAGGAGGAGCGCGUGAACAUCUACUGCUCCUCGUGCCGCACGCCCACCUGCUCCCUCUGCAAGGUGUUCGGCUCCCACCAGCACUGCCAGGUCGCGCCGCUCGGCGUCGUCUACGAGCAGCACAAGGGUGAGCUGAGUGAUGGGCUGGCGCAGGUGGUGGUGAGUAGCGAGCGACUGCAGGAAGGGCUCCUGGAGCUGGAGGGAACGCUGCACUCUCUCGACGAGAGCUCGAAGCUUCAGCAGCGCGUGAUCGGGGAGGCCUUCGAGGCGCUGUCCCUGGUGCUGGAGGGUCGCAAGCGGGCCCUGACGGCCGCCGUGCAGGCCCAGCAGGAGGCACGGGCGCGCGCCAUCCGUGCGCGGGUGGCGCGGCUCGCCCAGCGCGUCGACGACGCCUCCAAGCUGGUGGAGGCCGCGCUGCAGCUGCUGGACGAGCCGGGCGCAGCCAAGUUCCUGCAGAGUGCCACGGGCCUCAUCGUAAGGAUGUCCGAAGUGGCCACCGCCGUGGACGCCCUCCCCGCGGGGUCGGGGGUCGACGACCUCGGGAAGUUUCGCGUCGACUUCUCCCGCGAGGCCGACAUCCUGCGGAGGCUCGACUUCGUGCCGGACGAGGUGACGGUAGAGGAGAAAGUGGAGGAGCCGAGUGGUGAGGUGAAGGGGACGGCAGAAUUAGCGGCGGCGGCAGAAGUAGCGGCGGCGGCGGCGACGACGGCGGAGACGAUGACAGUGGCGGCGGUGGCGGCGGGGGCUCAAGGCGAGGCCUCCGUUGGGCCGGGGGAGCCCCCGAAAACGUUGGGGCCCGAGGAAGGGCCCCCACAGCCGGGGCCCAGGGGCACCAACCCCGACCCGGGCUCGAACCCUAACGCCGUGGACUCCGCGGCCAUUGACUCGGCGCGGGGGGAGCGGAGCAGGGAGCCGGAGGUGCGGUCGUACAAGAUCCCCUCGGCGGGGGCAGGACCACGGCAGGACCCCCCUCAGCCCGCCGCGACUGCCGGUGGCGUACCAAGGGGACCCGGGGUCGUGCGGAGCGCGGCACGGGGGCCGCCGACAUCCCCCUCUCUGUGGCCAGGAGGAGGUGGAGGGAUCCCCCCCCGAGGCGGCCUGUCGAUGAAGGAGGAGCGGAACGAUGCCGGAACAAUGAAUGGAGGAGUAGGAGGAGGGACCGGCGCUGCUUCUCGGUCGUCGGAAGGAGGUCGCGAGUCCCUCCGGGAGGAACGGAAAGAUGCGGGAACCACAAACGGAGCAGGGGCCGGUGCCUCGACUGGCGCCGCUGCCGGUGCCGGGGUCGGUUCUUGGUGGUCGGAAGAAAACCCCGAGUCGUCGGACGGGAACUCGACGUUCGUCUUCUCGUUCGCGUGGCUCAACUCCCAGCACAAGUAGCCCUGGAGGGAGCUGGAGGGGGGCUGGGGGGGGCGGGGGGCUAUGAGGCGCCCUCGGCGGUGGGGGCCCAGGCAUUGCCGCCCACCCAUGGCAUCGGCGAGCCGCGCCCUGUUGUACGUCGAUCGCUCGCCCGCUGCCGGCACUGCUGCCGCGUAAACCUCUUGUGUGACCUCGUCGGGUUUGUGCCAAGUAGGUUGUGUUGCGGUUCGCGAGUAAAUCUGUGGGGUCGGGCUACGUAACGAUCUGA